AAAAUGUUGAUUCAUAACAAUCAACUAUGUAAUAAUAAUAAUAAUAUGAGCACGAAAAAAAGGAUGGCAACACUGGAGGUUAUGAGCCUUUUAAUUUAAAUGGCAAGAUGACUUUAAAGUAGGUUGUCGAAUUUUAAAGAGGUGCUGGUCCAAUAUUAUUUUACAGGACUGUUUAAAGUCGGGGAAAAAAAAAUAAUUUGGGGAGUUGUUAUUUGUAUUGACUUUCACUAUUGAAUACUGAUUCUACUUUUUAAAACAAUGGAUAUGAGCGUUGAUGAAUCCGUUGUAACAAGUUUCAGCAAAGAGACUCCAACAAGAUACAAGGACCCUCGGAAUACUCUUCUCUAUGCUGCCCAGAGAGGAAUGUUUGAGAAACACACAAAAUCGCCUUGUGGAUUUUCCCUAUUACCAAAAUAUCGUAAUUCAUUAACACCUGGUCGGAAGGUAUACAAUCCAUUUAAAACAAAUGUUGAUUUGCUUGAAGGCCAUACUUGCAGCCCAACUGUUUUUAAAAAGACUGAUUCACCAGAGAAUGGUGAUUUCACUUGGUCAAUUGAUGAUAUCUCCCGAAUAAAUCCAGCUCCUAUUGACUCCCCAAUAGACCUACCUGAAGAACAUUUUGAUGAAAAAAUGGAGAUAAAGGCUCAACAAGCAAUUGAAAGGUAUUUUUCUUUUAAACAUGAUAUCGUCUCACCUGCAGGAGCUCCUGGAAAUUGGUGCUCUCCAAUACCUGGAACACCUGCUUCAUCUUCAACCCCUUGUAAUAGCAGAUCGCACAAACCUGUAGAUGCUUGUACCCAAACAAGGCUGUCGCUACCACCUAUCCUUCCACCUGAAGUUGAGGCUGCUUUGAAACCUUAUUUCAGAAAUGAUGAUGAAGCUGAUAUCUCCGAUGAAUGUAACUUAAGUAAUUCCACUUUAAGAAGAAAAUUGUUCUUCAAUAAAGAAGAAGAAUCUCUUUCACCAGUAAAGAAAGUUUGCUAUGAUUUUGGUUCAGAAAGUGACAUAAAUAUGAAAGUUUCUAGACUGGACUGGACUAUGAAUAACAAUUCUGAAGCUCUAUCGUCGCCUGACAUCUCUCCCAUUAAAUAUCAACCUGAGCCUAUGGGUGUUACAGGUACAUCGAAUGAAGAAGGUAUAUUCACAUCUACAAUUAUCAGCGGAAGCCAGGAUACUGGUUACAGUACCAUGGAGCAAUGGAGGUCUAGCGUUAAUAUAGACAGUAAUUCUAAUUGAUAGUUUGACAAUGCUCAAUGUUUUUGAAUUUAUAAUUGAUUUGUUAUAGAUCGUAUUAUUUAUGACCAUUGUGACUGAUAUUUUUGAUUUUUUGUUAAGACUUUCACUGUUGAAUUUUUUAUGACUUUAGACAGGCCUCACUCAAACCUAUCAAAUUUAUGUUGUAUAGUCAAAAGAUUUACUUUUUUUUUAUUUAAUAGUUAUGAGGUUUGUUUGUAUAAAGACUGAAUUACAAUUAUUUAACUUAAAUUUCUAUGUUUUUAUCUCUUUAUUUCUACUCCUUCCUAAUUGAGCCCAACAUAUCUAAAAAAGUUUUGUUAAAAUUUGAAUUUUUAUUUCUGACUACAACUUCUAUGAGAACAUAUUUCAAUAUGUUGCGUCAAGUUAUUUUAUUUUUUAUUGUUUCUUUGUGGUAAUAUCCGUUCUUGUGAUUUAUUUUUCACUGUAGCAUUUCUAUUUUUGCAUUGUGACAUUAUGCAGUUACACAGAGUCUUGCUAUAGUUAGACAUAAUUAACUAUUACAAUAUCAUUGUAUAAAUGUUUAUAUUUUUAAUAAUGCUGUGAUUGUUUUUUAAAAAAUAUUAUAAGGAUUACAUUCCUUAAACAAUUCAUAAUCUCCUAUUUAAUUUAAUUCAAGUUUAUCUUUUAAAUGGAGCUGCGCUGUGAAUGACUCAUCUGAUUUUUUCUAUCAUUUUGUUUUGUUCAACCCAUUUGCAUCAUCACUCUAAAUAUAUUAUCUAUUAAAAUGAAUGUUACUUUGAGUUAUUGAGUGCUUAAAAGCUAUAACGGGUCGUAAUUUCAACCCUUAGUGAAAAACGAUAAUCAUUGUAUAUAUGGAUCACUUUGUGCUUGGUGGUUAUCUAAAUAUUUGCAGAUUAUUUUUCCCAAUGAUGAAAAUGGGUUAAAGACGUAAAUCCACGCCAAUGGUUUGUAUAGCUAAUUAUAAGGUUUGGAAAAUGUUUAGUUAAUAUGUAAUCUAUAAUUUAGGGGGGGAGGGAGUUAAGAAUUUGUAUGAAAUGUUUAAUAGUAUGUAUUAUACAAUAUUAUUCAAUUUUUUUUAUUAAUUAUUUCUUUGUUAUUUGUCAAUGAGCACUAAAUUCUAUUUUGAUUAUAUUAUUUGUGUUAAUUGAGUAAAUUAAAAAGAAUAUUACUAAGUAUAAAAAAAAGAUUUCUAAUACACAGUGAUAAUCUUGCAUAAUUUAGAUUUAAAUUUGUUAACUAAUUUAGUUAAUAAUAAUUUUAUUGUUUAAAAAAAUUGUAUCUUUCCUUCUUAUUUUAAAGCUGAGCUAUUUCUUGAUGUAAUUGACUGAUAACAAUAGUAUUCAAUGACUGAAAAAAUUUACUGCACAUUAUAUUUUUCCUUGCAGGAGGGAGACAUAACUGAUUUGAUCUUCCUUUUUUUUUUUUUAAUCUCUGAACUAAGACUGAUCAUGAAUUGGUAAUUAAGCUUUAAAUUGGCUAGUUAAUCUCAUUGUAUAUUAUGUCCAUUUUUUAACUUUCUGUGAUUUUUUUUAACAUUUGGCUUGUGAUUCGAAGGAGUUAACAUUGAAUUAUUUGCAGUUUGUUUUUUCAUUUUUUUUAACUUGAUUUACUUCACUAAAUUUAUUGUAUUUGAAACUCAGAUAAACAAGUUACAUUCCAAGUUUAUGUUUUAGCUUAGUUUUUUAUUCUAAUCGCUAUUAUCCUAGUUAUAAUAAAUAUUAUAUAGUAAAGAAUAACUAACAUAUCCAUGUGUCUCCUGUAAAACAAAUAUUACCUCAUCAACCUGUAUUACUUUAAUACUUUUUCGUUUUGUGACUUUUGGCCAAGUUAUGAGGUACCAUAAAGUUCCUGAAAAUUAUUAAAUAUUGUUAUAGAAGUGAGGAGAGGGAUUUACUCCUUGGAGUAAACUAGGGAGGAAGGGGGGGGGGGAGUCAGCUAUCUAACAACUUUGCAAGGUGAGGCUGAGAUAGAGUCUAUGUUUGCCAUCCUGGUAAUCAUAGCUAGCAUAUUAAUUGUCAAAUUAUCUGAGAUAUAAUUUAUAACAGAGAAGCCUAAAGGGAGUAGACUGAAUAAAUCUCCUUUUGCGUGGUGGAAUAAGUACGUAGUGAAAUUAUAGAAGCUUUGUAUCAAAGAUGACUAUGAUUAAUAAAUACCUAAGAUUGGGUAGUGUCGGUCAAAAUUAUCAUAAUUUUGAUUAUUUUUUUAAUUUAGGGAUGUCUCUUUUUAGAUCUCAUAAGUGUUUUAUUAAUGGAAAUCGAUUAAAUAUAUAUUAGUAUUUUGUAAUAAUGUGAUUUAAUGUUAUAUUAACUUAAAUUAGUAAUAAAGGAUAUAACUUACUGUUUUUGGUUGUUUAUAUUAUAUAUUUAUUUAUAACGACAGCAAAACUGUAAUGAUUGUUAUAAAAUCUAUUUAGUGGUUUUAUUUAUUACAAUACAAAAUUCAAGCUGA